AUGUCUGGAAACGACGACGACCCUGGCCCGGCUCCCUACGCCCACUAUCUCAGGUCCAUCCUCGAGAAGGGCCUCCUUCUGGGCACCCUGCCCACUGUCACCACCGAUCCGAACCGUCUCGAGGCGCAGGCUAAGAAGCUCAUGCCCAAGAAGGGCUGGGAGUACAUCAAGGGCGGCGCGGGGGAGGCCUCGACAAUGGACGCCGAUAGACUGGCCUUUCGCCAGUGGAAGAUUGUGCCCAGGGUCUUGGCGCCCACCACGCCCAGGGAUUUGAGCACGACUCUUUUCGGGCACAAGUACGACUCGCCCGUUCUCAUGGCCCCGAUAGGCGUCCAGUCGUGGUACCACGAGGACAAGGAAGUCGGGACCGCAACCGCCUGCGCCAACCUCCGCGUGCCCUUCACCCUCAGCACCGCGGCCUCCACAAACAUUGAAGAGCUCGUGGCAAAGGUCCCCCGGGGCCCCAAGUGGUUCCAGCUCUACUGGCCGCUCGACGAGGAAAUCACCGCCUCCAUCCUCGCGCGCGCCAGGUCCAGCGGCUUCGACGUCCUCGUCGUCACCCUCGACACGUGGACGCUCGCGUGGCGGCCGUACGACCUGGACCCCGCUUCCGUUCCCUUCAUCGUGGGAGAGGGCGACGACGUGGGCUUCAACGACCCCGUUUUCCGCCGAAAGUUUGCCCAGCGCACCGGCGGGGAGACGCCCGAGGAGAGCAGGGUCCAGGCCGGCAUGUUCUGGUGCAGCGAGGUGUUCCCGGGCGUGAGCCGCAGCUGGGAGGACCUCAAGAUUCUGAGGAGGUACUGGGACGGGCCGAUUGUUUUGAAGGGCAUCCUGAGCGUCGAGGACGCCAAGUUGGCCGUGGAGCAUGGCAUGGACGGCUUGAUUGUCAGCACGCAUGGCGGCCGACAGCUCGAUGGCGCCGUGGGGACCCUGGACGUUCUUCCGGAUAUUGCAGAUGCCGUGGGCGACAGGAUUACCGUCAUGGUCGAUUCCGGCAUUCGGACGGGCGCGGAUGUGCUCAAGGCCAUUGCGCUGGGCGCAAGGGGCGUGUUUCUCGGGCGGCCUGUCGUGUAUGGGCUGGGUAUCGAUGGUGCUGCCGGUGCCGAGGCGGUUAUCGCCGGUAUUUUGGCAGAUUUCGAUCUUACCAUGGGGUUUGCGGGGGCAAAGACUAUCGGCGACAUCAGUAGGUCCUUGUUGAGAAAAGCCUCGUAUGCUGGUGCUGUCAAGUCCAAUUUGUGA